UUGAAGACUUCUGCUUCGAUUUGUCUGUCACUAUUUUAUUUACGAUGGCGUUUUGUAGUCGACUGAGAAUGUCAUUUCGAGAUUUUCCAAGGAAAUCGUGGAUCUCAAACCGAUUGCUACAACUGCAUAAAACGUCACCGCGUGUACAAAAACGGUGCAUCAGUAUUGAUCCUUCAACGGGUCUAACAGAGGAACAAAAAAGCUUUCAGUCAGUAGCUUUAGACUUUGCAAAGCAAGAGAUGGCACCAUUCAUGAGACAAUGGGACGAAGAAGAGAUAUUUCCCGUUGAUGUUCUCCGUAAAGCUGGAAGUCUUGGAUUUGGAGGUAUUGUAGUUGGGGAAGAUGUUGGAGGGUCUGGGCUGACGAGGCUUGACUCCUCUGUUAUCUUUGAGGCGCUGGCUCAGGGAUGUGUGAGCACCACAGCAUACAUCACUAUUCACAACAUGUGUUGUUGGAUGAUCGAUGAGUACGGGAACGAGGACCAAAGGCAGUCUGUCCUGCCGUCGCUGUGCUCUAUGGAGAAGUUUGCAUCAUAUUGUCUGACGGAACCAGGAAGUGGUAGUGAUGCAGUCUCACUUUCCACAUCAGCACGACGAGAUGGAGAUCAUUACAUUCUUAACGGGUCAAAGGCUUUUAUCAGUGGUGGAGGCGACACUGAUGUAUAUGUCAUGAUGGUCAGGACAGGAGAGCCAGGACCAAAAGGCAUCUCAUGUGUCAUGAUUGAGAAAGGAUCACCCGGUCUUAGCUUUGGCAAGAAAGAGAAAAAAAUGGGUUGGAAUUCCCAGCCAACUAGGAUGGUGAUCUGUGAAGACUGCAGGAUACCAGUUACAAAUCGACUAGGUAUAGAAGGCCAGGGGUUUCAGAUCGCCAUGAAAGGUCUGAACGGAGGACGAUUAAGUGUAUCAUCCUGCUCGCUAGGUGCUGCCCAGGCUAGUAUAGAGGCUGCUAAAGACCACCUCAAAGUCAGAAAACAAUUUGGCAAGACUCUCGAUCAAUUCCAGUUUUUGCAAUUUCGAUUGGCUGAGAUGGCUACUGAGCUAGUGGCAUCCCGACUCAUGGUGCGUAAUGCUGCGAGGGCGCUGCAAGAUAAUUCACCUGAUGCGGUGGCGUUGUGUGCUAUGGCUAAGCUUCUAGCAACGCAGAAAUGCUCCUGGAUUUGCAAUGAGGCACUCCAGAUGUUUGGAGGAUAUGGUUUUUUAAAAGACUACCCAGUCCAGCAAUAUGUCAGAGACAUCAGGGUCCAUGAGAUUUUAGAAGGUACCAGUGAAGUUAUGCGUUUGCUUAUAUCCAGAGAUCUGUUACAAGACUGAGAGACAUUUAUCAUCAUUCUCAAAAACAAAACUUUCUGCUGUACUUGGAUUACCUACAAAAGAACAAUUUGGCAUUUUUUAGUACUGGGAUACAAGUCGAGCUGAGUUCAGAUUUGGAUAUUCUGAAUGUAGAGCCGAAGUAGAAGAGAGACGACAAUGAGGAAGUUUUAGUUUUAGGUGUGGGAGGAAAAACCCCUCAACCCCUCAGCACCCCACCCCCAACUAAAGGGCCCCCGUACACUCUGCAUCAACUACAAUGCAUGGUAUACUGUUUUGGUGCAUGGCUUGUUAACGGACAGUGUGAUACGAGGGCAAGGAAACCAAACAAGCCAGUGAAGAUGAGAUGGAGGAUUUUUUUUACAAGAGUAUUUACGAAAUAUAUUUUAAAACCCAUAGAUAUGCAGCUUUAAAAAGUAUUUAUUAUUCUGUUUCAUCAGCUUGGAAUCAGCAUUUAACAACAAGAUCAUUUAACGCAAUAAAUUAACAAACUCGCUGUUUUAUGGUUUGUUUGUGGUGCAACUGUGGUUUCUAAGAAAGUUUGAGUAACAAUGCAAAACCAAAUCUUCCCAGUUAUUUUAUGGUGAUCUGUAUCAAAACAAGUUUUCUUUUUCAUCUAUAAAGAGUUUAUUUUGUUUGACCAAAAAAAUGACCACCCAAGUUGUUGGUGUAUAAUUAGAAGAUGUGAAAUGCUUAUUAAAACCACUGCAAAUGUAUUAAUUACACCUCAUUGAGUAUAAGAGUCUUGUUUUCAAUAAAUGU